GACUUCCAUUAAUUUCACGCUUUCAGUGUUAAAACCGUGCAAACGUGACCGGAAAGGUAGACACUAACUCUCUCUCUUUCUCUCUCUCUCUCUCUCUCUGUCUCUGUCGGUCCCUCUUUCUCUCUUUCCCACCUCGUAUCAAAACACUCCAUCGCUCAGGGCCGACUGAUGGACGGUGGACCCGAGCCGCGCACACACACGGCUCGAGAAAGGACACGGAAAAGAAAGGCGUAAAAAUAAGAUAGAUCGAGCAAGCGAGGCCUUCACGCUGGACCUGGACGACAUAAUGAAGGCGUUACGGUGCGGGGUGGUGGUGGUAGUGAUGGUGGUGGUCACCCUGGACUCCUGCUACUGUGGAACGAUGGUGAGCAGAAAACAGACGAUUCUUCCAUACACUCCUGGCAUCGUGCGAGGCCCUCUGACGGAGGUGAUGGCGGUGGUGGGCGGGGAAGCGGUGCUGCCCUGCGACAUCAAGGAGCCAGGAGACACGCCCAUCCUCGUCCUCUUCUACAAUGGCGAAACGGGCAAACCAGUCUACAGCAUCGACUCUCGCACCGGGACGCUCAGCUCCUCCAUGCACUGGUCGGCGCUGGGGGAGAGAGCGCACUUUAACCUGACCUCCACGCCCACCGGUCUCCACAUUAUUCGUGUCGAGCCGCAGGACCACGGGGAAUAUCGUUGCCGAGUGGAUUUCAGAAGGUCCCCCACUAGGAAUCUUCAAGUCAAGCUGCUGGUCGUGGUGCCACCCCACAAGCUGCAGGUGUACGAGGCGGGCCAGCGGGAGGUGCGGGAAGUGGUCGGUCCCUUUCCCCUCGGCACCAGCGUCACUCUCACCUGCGAGGCCACGGGAGGUCGUCCUCUGCCGCUCGUGACCUGGUGGCACGAGGGGUCACUGCUGGACGACGUGAGUGAGGAGACCCGAGGGCAGGUCACGUGGAACACACUCACCUUGCCUGACCUGACCCGCCAGCACCUCCACCGGGUCAUUACGUGUCAGGCUGCCAAUUCCAACCUGACGCAGCCACUCCGCUCCUCCGUCACCCUCGACAUGAGCUUUCCGCCGGAGGACGUAGUGAUCCGGGUCCCGAGCACGCCGCUGCGGGAAGGCGAGACCCAGGAUCUGGUGUGUGAAGCAGGCGGGUCACGUCCACCUGCCGCCCUCACUUGGUGGCUUCGAGGCAGACAACUCUCCGCACCGCCAACACAGCUGCUGGAGGGAACGGUGACUCGCUCCACGCUUGCCUUCACCCCGAGCAGGCUACAUGACGGCGCCAAACUGACCUGCAGAGCCCAGAACACACAGCUGCCCUCUCGCACUCUAGAGGACACAGUCACUCUCACCGUAUACUACGCGCCCAGGGUGGAGCUGCGGGCGGGCCAGUCCCUUAUCAUGAGUAACAUCAAGGAGGGGGACGAUGUGUACUUCGAGUGUGUCAUAAGUGCCAACCCUCCUGUCCAAGGCCUGCGGUGGCUACUGCAGGGAGAUCUCCUGCGCCACAACCUGUCCGCUGGCGUGAUCCUGACUAACCAAAGCCUCGUCCUGCAGCGUGUAGGUCGCCACUCCUCUGGUCUGUACAACUGUGCCGCUUCUAAUGUGUUAGGCACCGCCACCUCGAAGCCCCUCAACCUCAACGUGAAGUUCCGGCCGGUGUGUGGUGCGAGGCAGCAGUGGACGUACGGUGGCGCGCGGGGUCAGCAGGUGAAUGUGACUUGCCAAGUGGACUCCAACCCCGCCGUUCACACGUUCCGCUGGGCGUUCAACACCUCCACCGAGAUGGUCAACAUUCCCAGAAACCGCAGUCGGGAGUUUGGGAGCCGCAGCAUCAUGGCUUACACUCCCAAGACACACCAUGAUUUCGGGACGCUGCUGUGCUGGGCGGACAACGAGGUUGGCGCCCAGCAGCUGCCCUGCGUCUACUUGGUGGUGCCUGCCUCGGUGCCGGAGCCUGUUCACAACUGCAGCGCCUGGCACAACGCGAGUGCCGCAGGGGAGGUGGUGGUGGUGUGUGAGCCAGGCUGGGGCGGCGGCCUGACGCAGACCUUCUCCCUGGAGGUGUGGCGAGGCGGCACCACUGUGGCGUCCCUCGGGCAACGCGCCGAGCCCUUCUUCACGGUGACUGGUCUUGCCCCGGGCACCGAAUACGAGCUUGCCGUGGUGGCCUCCAACACGCAGGGCGCCGCCACACCCACUCGCCUCACCCACCACACUCCCAUCGACGUGGCGGAGAAACGCACCAGUGCCGCUGCCGCUGAGUCUUUCGGUGUGGGUCUGGGCCUGAUGCGGGCGAUGCCCGUGGUGGUGGUGGCCGUGGCGGCAGGGCUGUCACUGGUGUUGUGCUCUGUGGUGACGGUAUUAAUCAUCCGCUGCAGACUCGCCCGUGCCCACACUCACUCCCACGCCCAUGCCAGACCCAAGGUGGUAUGCGAAGACCCAGGGACGCUCACUAAGACUUUCGAUGACGGCGGGUUCGACGUUCGCCAACGGGAUCCAGAUCUCAUCCUGGUGAAGGCUGGCAGACGCGAGCCGCAGUCCAGCGUCCCCACCCCACGCCCACCCACCUACAGCACCAUCACCCAGAGCGAGCACGCAUCGGUGAGGUCGAGCAGCCCUGCGGAGGGGUCCUCGCUGGGCCACACCGGCCGUUCCUCCGUGCCCUUGGAUGGCGCCCGAGUCACAGCGGGAUCCACCGGACUUGGCAGCACCGAGAAUGUUUCGAGCGCCGCCGCUAUCCACACGGCGCCCAGAAUACCUCGCCCCUUGAUAAGUACACAGUCCCCGGUCCCUUUGGGUCGAAUGGGUAGGUCUGCCUCUUGUUUAGAGGAGCAGAGAUUACCUCUCACUUCCACCUCCUCCCUUCCCCGCCGCUCCUCCACCCUCGUCCUCCAUCCCGAGUUCUUUCCGCUCAACCUCUCCACCAGUAGGGAGAGUUGUGUAUAGUCAGGGGGCAGCUGCUCGCUCUCUCGGCUGCAGUGUUCGUAAGGUAGGUAACUAGCUGUUUCGUGGGUUUAUGGCAGUAUUUAGUGUUUUUACCAGUGUCAAAAUGUGCAGCGUGCUUGCUAACGACUGUGGCGUGCCAGAGCCACUUUGUUCCCUGUCCAGAGGGGUGUGCCACUGAGCAGAAGGGGUUGAGCAGGAGGAGGCACUUAGGUGGCAGUGGUGUGAGUCUGACGGUAAUGCCACACAAUGUGCGUCGUGGGGAAAGAUGUUCUUCAUAUUACAGGGGAACUUUACUUAACCCUUUGAAUGAGGAUUGACUGCAGAUUGACUUUCCUCUUCACCACUCGUUGUUGGAAGUUAACGAGACUUUUUUUGUGUGUAAAUUUAGGACAAAUGUGGCAGUGUGAAUGAAGUUUGUGACCGUAAUUGAUGCUCCGGUGUAUUUGUCGAUCAAAUAAAAGUGAUUGAAUAUCA